AUUCUUUUGGGCCCCCCUCGCUCGUGUCACCCUAAAACUAGGGUUAAACAAACUUGCUUUUGCACAAACGCGGCCUUGCCUUUAACGACUGUUUGUCUUUGCUUGUAGGGGGUCUACUAGUAACAAUUUCUUCCUUUGUUUCGCGUCAAUCCAUUUGGUAGGACAAGCGGUGCUGUGGCAAGAGCACUUCUAGAUGGAGCCACUUUGUUAGGAGCCAAAUGGCAUGUUUGCUCUGGUUUUCCUCUGUAGUGGUGAUUUAUGAGGCACAGCCUAUGCUUGCAUCGCGAUGUGUAUGCUCAUUUUCUGGCUAGCGUUGUUCGGAACGCACGCGCUAUGUUAGAAAAAAAACUGAACUUUCUUACUGGACAGAGAAGUGGCAAUGUAAAAGGUCAGGUUGGUGCUUGAGUCACUCAUGCGGCAUCUGCACCGCUGGGCAAACUGAUCAUUCCACAAAUUUCGGUUUCUACGUUAGUGGUAGCUUUUUUCUUCUUUCCAAAUUGUAGCUUUGAAUCUUGUGAUACGGCAUCAGGUUUCGUGUCUGUUCUGAAAACCCUGAAACUUUAAAUAUCAUUAAAAUAACAAAGGGCAUUCUGCUUAUAUUUUCACCUUGUUCAGUGUCAGCACUGCAUCUUCCAAGGAUAGGGUGACGCGGGUUCCGCAAACUUACCAGUUAUGGAGCAUCUGUCAUCUGUGCUAAACUGCUCCCGUUUCAUGUGCUGGCCGGCACUAACGUCAUAGAUCAAACUCAUCUGGAUAGGGGUGACAGCGCAGUACAGAGAUUUUUGAUAAUCAGUACAGAGAUUUGAAGUGCUCAUGUCAUAUGGAUCUAGAAACCUAACCGCACCAUUAACAACUCCAAAGUACACUGCCCGCUGCCACCACGCCAGCACCAACCACCAAGAUUAAGCAAGUUCACACAGUGUAUCAAAACGGAGUACUUAUAAGAUAUCCUAACGCUUUUGGCUUGUUUGUCGUCGUUUGGUGUGCACAUCACUCACCAACUGCUGCUACUACAUAUGCUGAAAAUGUCCUGCACAGGUUUGGUAAUUUGGUAGGCAACGUGCUACGUACUAGUUUAUAAAAAAGUAUUUUUGAUGUUUUGUCAGUUUGGUAGAUACAGGGUUUGGCUCUACUAGGCUUGUACUUGUAUACUCCCAUAAUCUCAGUCCUACCACAUGUCUGAUGUCUCAUCACCCCAAAACUGUUACUGUAUCAGGGUUGGGUUAGAAAGCCUGAUUAGGGCACAAAUUACCAGGUUGGUUGGAAAGGCUCCCCUUUUCCCUACCCUCUAGUUUCUCCACCUGCAAAAACAAAGAAAACCGCGGGAGGAGCAAGGUUUUCAGACCUGGGCAUGCGAAAAAGGUGCAGUGGUUAACCUAUUCAUCGAUCCAUCACAGCAAGGAACCCCAGGGAGAAGGGGGGGAAAGGUGUGCGUGGCGUUUUCACGAGAUGUCACAGUCAACGGCCUUUUUGCAGGCUCGCCACUAGCGUGUCAUUGGUGCUUGCCUUGCGCUGUAUAUAUACACGAUACCCACGCAGACCGCAGUGCGGGUGGAUGCAGAGCAGUUGUAGAGAGAGAGAAAGGGAGGACUAUUCUCUCCGUUUCCCUCUCCAAAUGUCUGAUUAGUUCUUGACCUGAAGAGUGAAGGGUAGUUGUGGUGAUAGAUGGAUACGGAACUUGGUGUGGACAGAGCUGGGUUCCUUGGAGCUUAGCGUGACUUCAGAACACGCCAUUUCUUCGUUCUUGGAUCAUUUGGAGUCUCUUGCUUGAUUUUGGCGGCUUCUCUCCUCAGUUCUGAGCUCUGAGCAGCGACAAAUCUCUGUAAGCUAUUUCCUCCUCACAUCUCUUCUUCUUCUUCUUUCCCCAUUGUGGCUACAAUUCUACAGAUGCGCAUGCUCUUCAAGGUCUUGUUGCAUAGAGUGGUUCGGUUUGCAUUUUUGCAGUCAGUUCACAGUUGUUGGUUGGUUCUCGAGCUGCACCAAGCAAUGGAGGUGGAGGCACCGGAGACGAAGGGGCACAGAGCUUUUGCCAAGCCUCUUAAGCCUUUCAGUUCUUCAGAGCGGCACAAGCAAUCCAAGAGUUAUUUUGAGGAAAUAUAUGGUGCAGAUGCUUUGCGCUCUUCAGACAAAACUAUUGUUCUGCCUAAGCCGGGAGCUGUAAAAGCUAAGGUGAAAAGUGACAUCAAUAAGGAUGUGCGACCUGGGAGGGGAGCACAAAGCACCUUGAGAAAAGAGGUAACGAUUCUGCAGCUAGAAAAGCACCUCAAGGAUCAGCAGGUUGUGCGUGGUGCCCUGGAAAAAGCUUUAGGGCCUGACGCUGCUCCAGUCAGCUUGUCACCUGAGAAUCCAAUGCCAAAAGCCGCUAAUGAAUUGAUACGGGAGAUUGCCACAUUGGAGCUAGAGGUCAAGAACAUGGAGCAGUAUCUGCUGAUGCUCUAUCGGAAAGCGUUUGAGCAGCAAGCACCUGCAUUUUCUCCACCUGAUAACCGUGAAGCUUCAAAGCCAUCAUUGAGCUCCCGUUCCGGGCAGCUCUGGGAAAUGCCAAUGGCGAUGAAGUCUUUCAAGAGUAGAGAGGAUACAGCACUCCGGUCAAGCUAUCCGCUGCCACAUAAGAAAUGGAAUGAUCCAUUGACAACCUCAGUUCGUCCUGAUAGAGCAGUUGAUUCAGAUGUCCUCCGCUGCCAGUCUGCCUUAUCAUACCGUGGAGUUUGUUCAUCCAGAAUACAGCCUUCAGACGAUGAUAGUCUUGCAAGGGCUCUUCGCUCAUGCCACUCGCAACCUUUUUCAUUCCUAGAGCAGGAAGGAGAGACUGGUGCGUCAGGAAUGAUAAGCUUAGCAGAGUAUCUAGGAACUAAUGUAGCUGACCACAUCCCUGAAACUCCCAACAAUCUGUCAGAGGAGAUGGUGAGAUGCAUGGCGGGGAUAUACUGCAGACUUGCAGACCCUCCGUUGGUUCACCAUGGUUCCUCAUCUUCGCCGACAUCGUCGUUCUCCUCAACAAGUGCAGUCUCUCCACAAUAUGUGGGCGACAUGUGGAGUCCCAACUACAAGAGAGAAACUACCCUAGACUCCCGAUUGAUAAACCCGUUCCAUGUCGAGGGUUUGAAGGAGUUCAGUGGACCGUACAACACAAUGGUUGAGGUUCCUAUGAUUAGCCACGACAGUCGGAGACUGAAAGAAGCCGAGGACCUUCUCCAGACGUAUAAGUUGAUCCUAUACCGGUUGGAAACUGUUGAUAUGAGGAGAAUGACAAAUGAAGAAAAGAUAGCAUUCUGGGUCAACAUACACAAUGCUUUGCUGAUGCAUGCUUAUCUGAAGAAUGGCGUCCCACAGAACAAUCUGAAGAAGACAUCCCUACUUGUUAAGGCUGCCUGCAAAAUCGCCGGACGUAACAUCAACAUAGCCGUUAUCCAGAGCAUGGUUCUUGGAUGUAAUACUCACUGUCCCGGACAGUGGCUACGGACCUUGCUUUACCCCAGGAUCAAAAGCAAAGUGACCAAAGCCGGGCACGAGUGGCGAGCCUUUGCCGUUGCACAAUCAGAGCCUCUUUUACGCUUUGCGCUUUGUUCGGGGAGCCAUUCUGAUCCCGCGGUGAGGGUGUACACUCCGAAGCGGCUGUUCCACCAGCUGGAGGCGGCGAAGGAGGAGUUCAUCCGGGCGACGGCCGGCGUGUGGAGGGAGCAGAAGCUGCUGCUCCCGAAGCUGGUGGAGGCGUACGCCAAGGACGUGAAGCUGUCGCCGCAGGGGCUGGUGGACAUGGUGCAGCGCUACCUCCCGGAGAGCAUGAGGAUGGCCGUGCAGAGGUGCCAGCAGGGCGGCAGGUCGUCGAGCAAGGUCGUGGAGUGGGUGCCCUACAACCCGGCCUUCCGUUACCUGCUCGCCAGGGACCUCGCGUUCCCCCACCUCAGCUGACCGUGUCUGUCUCUGCAAUAGCAGAUUAGCAGUAGGGCACUGUGAUGAACUGAAGAAGUUUGGUUGGAGUGGAGUAUAUGCGCGUGUACCAUAGGGUUAGAGUUAGACAAGGGUUUGUGCAGAUUGUGUCGUGUGAGUAGAUGAUCAGAUGAUCACUGGCGAGUGGCGAUUGCUUGUGGGUUUCCGAUUGUCCGCUGUAAAAAAAAGGGGGGCAAUAGGUUAUUUUGUAGAUGAACAGGAGACAGAGGAUGAAAUGGGAAAGCAAAAAAUGUUAGUAGUA